UCGUGAUGAAAGCAGUAUAUCUCUCCAAAUGGUCAAAGAGUAUUGCCAAGUGGUGGGAUUAGUGCAGAUAGACCUCCAACAACCCUCAGUGGUACUGGAAUUGAUCAUAUGACAUUUUUACAAGCAAACAUCACACAUGACAAUACUAAGUUUGUAAAUGGAGCUGUAGUUGGCGAAAGGAAUGUGUUCCAGGUUGACCAAGGUCUUGGCAUUGGUACUAAGUUCCCGUUCUUUAACAGACACCAGUUAACACUGACCAGAUUUUUCCAAUUGAUGCAAGUGGAGAAAGGUGCUGGUAAACCACAACCACCUGUGUUAGUUGUUCAUGGCCGCUAUGGAGGUUGUGUGGGAGACCUUUCAAGUUAUGAUGCUUCCACCCUUGGGGGACCUUAUUCUGUGAGGGGUUACAGUAUGGGCGAGCUAGGUGCCUCAAGAAAUAUCAUUGAGCUUGGAGCUGAGAUACGGAUACCUGUGAGGAAUACUCAUGUAUAUGCAUUUGUAGAACAUGGAAAUGAUCUAGGAACUUCUAAGGACGUUGAAGGGAAUCCAACGGAGGUCUACGGGCGAAUGGGUCAUGGUUCAUCAUAUGGUUUUGGUGCCAAGCUUGGCCUAGUGCGAGCAGAGUAGGUCGUUACUCAUAACACUGGGGCUCAUGCAAUUUGCCUCUGUUUUAAAGAGAGAUUUUAGUGUGAAAUUUGGUAGAUACGUUUGCUUAGCACAUUUUUGGCACUAGGAUUUCUCUUUAUGAAGAUCAUUGUGUAAAUGAUCAGAACUAAUACACUUGAGGGGCGGCAUUCUCAGUCCUAGAAAUUCCUUGAUAGGGGAAAAUGAUGACAAAAUGUCUUUGAUACCA